GAGGAGCAGCUGCGCCAGAGCCGCGCCACGGCGCAGGAGGAGGGCCGCCGCGAGAGCUCCGAGGAGGAGGCGCGGGAGGAGGCGCAGGAGGAGGCGCGCCGCAGCAGGGCGGAGGUGGACCGCCUGACCGCCGAGCUGCAGGCCCUCAGGACGGAGAGCGACCGCGCCCGCGCCCAGGGCGACCGAAGGGCCGACGCCGAGGAGCAGAAGCUGCGCGCGGAGAACGACAGGCUGAGCGCGGAGGUGGCGGGGCUCAGGGCCGAGGCGGCCAUGGAGCGCAAGCGGCUCGAGGAG